AUGGAAGCCAAAGACUUUGGCACCGUCGAUAGUCUCGACCCACGCAUCGCCCAAGAACUAGGGUAUCUCGGAAACACCCCAGCAUGGUUCUGUGCAGCCAACAACAGAUUUUCCUACUAUCUAUACGUGCCACAGAAUUACUACAAGCUCAAAACCCUGAGUCUUAUGGUUCUCAUACAUUCAAGCUCGCGCAAUGCAUCAGAGCUACGCAAACAAUUCACCGAAUUCGCGGAGAAGAUCUCAUGCAUUAUUCUUGCUCCACUAUUUCCACUGGAACGAGAUGAUCCCUACAAUAGUGAAGGGUAUAAAGUCAUCAAAUAUAAUGAUCUGCGCUGUGAUCAAAUAUUACUUUCUAUGGCUGAUGAAGUUGGCGCCCGAUAUAGACGGCUUGAUAUGGAGCGUUUCUUGAUGUUUGGAUUUAGUGGUGGCGCUCAGUUUGUGCAUCGCUUUGCAUAUAUGUAUCCGCAACGGUUGAGAGCUAUCGCAUGCGGUGCGCCGGGCUCUCAGACCCUUCCUGAUGUCACUCGGCCUUAUCCUGAAGGGGUGAAAGAGAUGGAGCAGAUAUUCGGCAUAAAAAUGCAAUGGCAUCAACUAUGCUCGAUACCGUCGUUUUUCAUUGUUGGGGAGGCCGAUACUGAUACCUUCUAUGCCAAGGCACGAGGAAGAGUGGUUGACCCUACUCAACAGGGUCGCUACGGAUUAACAGUUCGUCUGGAAAAGGCAUGGCGUCUAGCUGGUGCUAAUUGCUAUCUUCAUGUUGUACCUGGUGCCUCUCACGAGGAGGAAUUGAUGAUAGGUAGUGUCAUAUCAUUUUUUGAGACUUGUCUUGAGAUUUAA